UCACUCACUCACUCACUCACUCACUCGCUCGUUAUUGUUCUGUUGUGUUGCCAUAACAACAACAACCAUAUAAACGCGAUUCCAACUCCAACUGCAUUCGCAAUUCAACUCUCGAUUUCGUUCCAUGGCUGAUUCAACCUCAAGCGAUUCACUCUCGCUCGACAUCGAUUCCUUCUCUCCCUCACCUCAGGAACACAUUAUUAGAACACGUCAUGGUUCUGUAUCUGUUGCUGUUUAUGGAGAUCAGGAUAAGCCAGCUCUUAUAACAUAUCCUGAUUUGGCUUUAAAUUAUGUCUCGUGCUUUCAGGGGUUAUUAUUUUGUCCCGAGGCAUAUUACCUUCUGCUCCACAAUUUCUGCAUUUAUCAUAUUAGCCCACCUGGGCAUGAGUUAGGAGCUGCUGCAAUUGAUCCAGAUUAUCCAAUUCUCUCUGUAGAUGACUUGGCUGAUCAAAUAGCCGAGGUUCUCAACUUUUUUGGUCUUAGUGCAGUUAUGUGUAUGGGAGUAACUGCUGGGGCUUACAUUCUCACCUUAUUUGCUAUGAAGUAUAGACAACGAGUUCUUGGUUUGAUACUUGUUUCUCCUCUAUGUAAAGAACCAUCUUGGUCUGAAUGGCUGUACAACAAGGUUAUGUCAAAUUUACUAUACUUUUAUGGCAUGUGUGGGGUGGUAAAGGAAAUAUUGCUGAAGCGAUACUUUAGCAAGGAAAUUCGAGGUGGUACUCAGUUGCCAGAGUCAGAUAUUGUUAAAGCAUGCCGAAGGUUGUUGGAUGAGAGACAGAGUUUGAAUGUGUGGCGUUUCCUGGAAGCUAUUAACGGGAGACCUGACAUAAGUGAAGGGUUGAGGAAAUUACAUUGCCGUUCACUUAUUUUUGUUGGCGAUAUGUCACCAUUUCACUCGGAGGCUCUUCACAUGACUGCAAAGUUAGACAGACGAUUCAGUGCCUUAGUUGAGGUUCAAGCAUGUGGAUCAAUGGUAACAGAGGAGCAGCCUCAUGCCAUGUUAAUACCAAUGGAAUACUUUCUUAUGGGAUAUGGCUUGUACAAGCCAUCCAAGCUGAGUGUCAGCCCACGAAGCCCCUUGAGCCCAUCUUGCAUUUCUCCUGAGCUUUAUUCACCAGAGAGUAUGGGUUUGAAAUUGAAACCCAUAAAGACACGAAUUUCUGUGGAUAUCUAGAAGUAGAUGAAUAAAGGAAGGCAAAUAGCAGCCCCCUCUUCUGAUCUGUUAAUGGAAUGAGUUCAUGCUUGUAUGGUUAGUCGAAUGAAUUUGGGGAAAUUGCUGUCAGAUCGUUGUAGAUAGCAAAAUAAGAAAUCAACAAAGAGGAAAGAAACGGGUAAAGUUUAGUAGAAAUCAACAUAUAGUCAUUCUUUCAUUUGUAAUCAUAGAUUUUAGUCAGAGACCGAAGCCUGAAUAGUUGUAAAGCUUCGGAAUUGUUUUUAUAUUAGAAGAAAAAAUUUGGAAAUUCUGGUUACAAUUGUAAAACAAACGUGGAGAGCAUGAAGCCAUUAGGGUGCUAUCUCCUGCUUUGAAGUAUUUUCAUGCUGUAGGCAUCUUAUUAUUUGUCAAUAAAUUUAGGGUUUACUGAAUUGAAAUUUGAAAAACAUGAAGCAUUAUGGAAUUUAAUUGGCUGUGUUUGCAGUGCAGUUCAAUU